AUGGACACUGGUAUGAAGGAUGGGACUGAAAACCGUGCGAAAGCCAUGCUUGACCUCAUCCAUGGACUUGCUAGCCCUCUGUUUUCUCCCACGCCUUCUAAGGAGAAGUCGGGUGCAGGCUCAACGCCUGUUCUUUCUUGUCAACUGCCUCUUUCUAGAGAUUCGGAGACUACCCCACCGUCUCCUGCUUUCUCCUACAAGCUCUCGAGGAAUCACAUUAACUCUCUGCUUGCCCGAGACAUGGUGCACGCUUCCCCACGAUCAAGAACGCCCAGGAAAUCGAGCUCUCCGCAAGAGGGAUACGCGUAUGGAGGCUUGCACAGCAGCACUCGUCGGGCUGAGAGACCAGUCCCUGCUCGCCUGUUCGUGGCGAAACAAGGGGCUCGAGCCAGCCCAUUCGAACCCGCAAGAACCCGAAAGGAUCUGAUCCAAACUGCCUCUCGCCCUCCUGCAAGCUCGCCAGCAGCCUCGAGGAGGCCGCAGGGUUCUGCAGAGAAGCACGUGGUUAUCUGUUCCUCUGGACGAGAGAGCCAGGCGCAGACUUCUCGCACGUGCAAUGACGUGGUAGAGGGUAAUGAAGACAAUCUAAUUGCGACGAGGCCAGAGGAGCUGUCCAGCCUUCGAAAUGAUCUGCAGACCUUGAAGUGCCAACUGGAACAGCAACGUUCAGCUUACGGAGAUGUACUUAUCCAGCUGGAGAAGGAAACUGCAAGACGAGUUUCUCUUGAGAGGAGCUUGCAUGAAGAACUGUUGAACUCAAGCCAACUGGAAUGGAAACUGCAGGCCGAGGCGUUGCUGAACAGCUCAAUGCAAGAAAAGUCUCGUGGAUACCAUGAUUGUAACAUUAUAGAGAAAGCGCACAUCAGUGUGAGCGAACAAAUCGAUGAUCUAGAGCGAUGCAUCGAGUGCUUGGAAGACCAAAUGAAUCAUUUCAACUUGCAACUCCACAGACAAAACAAACAAAGAUCCAAUGAUGAUGAGGAAGAUAGCAUGAAGACCAUGGAUAGGAAAUAUGAUUCGAGCAGUCGUGAAGUGCUCGUUCAACAGGGAAGCCAAUCCUCUUGCCCUAUGAAGAGCAUCAAUCUCUCCCUCACAGAUAUGCUUCUGGAGCACCAAUUGAUGAGACGUGAAGUCGACAGGAUGGCACAUGGCUCCCUGGACGAGUUCGAGGUGAUGGUGAAUCUCAUGGAACGGAUAACACUGGUUUAUGGCAUUCACCUUCGCCGAUUCCAACGAGCCUCAAGCAACGUCGAUGAAAUUUCCAAAGACCUAGAAGCUGCGGAACACGAAAAUGCAAGGUUAGAAACCAGAGAUUCCUCUUUGAAAAAGUAG